UUUUGGGAUAGUGAUGACCAACUUGUCAAGAGUACGUCGCAGAACUCGUAGUGUGAAUGUCACUUUUAAAGAUGCCACAAGUCCUAGAUCAGCUUCGAGCAGAUCUCCAGAUUCUAUACCAAGGAGAUCACUGUCACAUAAAAGGCAAGAUGAGGCAGCUGGCAUAGAAGGGGAUACUGAUACUGAUGAUGAGCUUUUUCAGCACAGUCAGUCACAACGCACUCGGGGACAGUGUGGUAAAAAUCAGAAAAGUGUUAGGAAAAAUGUCUAUAUGAUGAAUGGUGAUGAUCUGGGAGAUGAAGGACUUGUGGAAGAUGAGAUAGGUAAGUUAUACAAUAUUGCAGUUACUAUGGAACCCAGGUCUACUAGAACAGGUCAUGAAUUGGAGCGGAAUCAUGUAGUAGAUUCUAAGCACCCAUAUCCCCAAAAUGCUAUGCUCUUGAAGAAAUCGAAUAUGAGUUAUGAGAUUGAGGAGGAAGUAGCAAACAAAAUGAGCUAUACCUUUUAA